UCUACAGUGAACAUUUCUCCGAUAUUGGCUUCCUUGCAGUGCCAGCGGCAUAGUGACUUUGUUGAAAUGUAUCUUGACUAAGGCAGUAUAUAGCAUGCAAUGGUAGAGCUUCGAUGAUGAAUAUUCGAUAUAACGAACCUCUUACUCCAUAUUUGUUUGGAAUGUGUUGAAGUCAUUGGAUCUGUCAAAGGAAGCUGGCAGGUUAUAAAUAAGUUGACAUGGUUGGAUAAAACAUAUUAUACAAGGAGAUUUGCUACUUCUUUGUCAGACUACGGCAUAAUGAUGACUGCGGACACCCUAGUGAACACCACGGCUAAGAUUGACCUUAUCCCGCUACCGAGUGGACAAAGUCAUGAACUAUUAAUGGCCGUCAUUGGAAUAUUAUCCUUCUUUUGUGUUCUUGGAACCGUUGGUAAUUCACUUGUGUUGUAUGUAUACGUCCGAAAAAGAAACAAAUUGGCGUCUACAGUUUUUAUCAUCACUCUAGCUUGUACAGAUUUAGUAACUUGUGUUUUAAUCAUCCCAUAUACGAUUGUCUUAGAAUACAUGGACUACUUCAUAAAGUAUGAUUAUUUGUGCAAGUGUUAUAUGUUUCUUAUUACUUCAAAUGUGCCGUUCUCUGCUUUUAUUAUGAUGGCUAUAGCUGUAGACAGGUAUUUCUGUAUCUGUCAUCCAUUCACACAUAUUUUGAAUACACAAAGAGCAAAACUCAUUAUAUCGCUCCUGGCAAGCUUUGCCUUUAUGCUUGGAAUUAUAACAGCUCUGAACUACGGCGUAUAUUUUAGAAUUGCAAAACCGUAUACCAAUAAUACAGUGCUAGUUGUACCAGAAAAUCGGCUGAAAGUGUCACCGCAAGAAGCUAGUGAUGGAAUUAUGUUCGUGCCAAAAGGCGGUUGGAACUACUCAAAAAUAGAAUAUUCUCUUAAUAGAACCAUACAACCAGCACGCGACAACCAAUCCAACUCUGUUCUGAUGUACGACGGCAUUUGCAAGCCAAAUGGGCUAAUAUUCAACCAUUCCUUCACUGAAACAUACCAGAAAAUAUAUUCCAGUUUCUUCGUUAUUGUGAUAGUAGUUGUUGUUAUUUUGUACAUAAUGAUAUACAGAUUUGUCUCGCUACGUCGCGCACGUCGACGACGCAUGCACUACCAACGAACCGGAUAUUCAUCAUGUAAGGACACCGCUUUAUCCUAUGUCAACACACGUACCUCACUUACAAAUGGCUGUGUCAAAACUGAACUUGAACCGGAUAGUGUGCUAGAGGAAAGACCAAGGUCCGAAAAAACGGAAAUUAACCGUCAAAUGACAAUUAGAGAGAAAGGUCUAGUUGCUAAUAUACGGACUGCUGGGAUGUUGUUUGUUGUAACCGCAGUGUUUAUUAUUGUAUUUCUACCAGCCUGGCUAAUGGCCCAUCAAGUCGUUCCGUAUAAUAUGUUGAUCUUUUAUAUGUACUUCUUUUACAAUGUUGCCAAUCCGAUUAUAUAUGCCUUUAUGAACAAGGCAUUUAGACGUGAUUUAAAGGAUGUUGUUGAAUGCCGUUUGACCUGAAUAUAACUUAUUCUUUGGCGUUUUAUUAUUUAGUUCAAUUAUUAUAUAGUGCACAUAUUUUGAUAACGUAAAUGCUUUGUAGUGAAAUAAUAAAUUUAUAAUGAUAAUUCUUGAUUUAUACUUACAUACUGUAUUCAACUUCAAU